CUGAGACAGAGAACCAUGAACCACUCCAGACACAUGGGCAAGAUAAGGAAAAGGCUGGAGGAUAUCAAGAACCAGUCCAUGAAGUUGACGAAGGCAGAUUUCAGCCACAACGAGAGCAUAAGGUUGGCCACUGACGCCUUCCUGGAUGGUGGGACAGACUCUUACCUUGAAACUUUAAGCAAAGAGGGUGAGGUAGAUUUCCUCUCCUCAGUGGAAGCUCAGUACAUCAAGGAUAAUGCCAAGGAGUCCUAUUAUGCACAGGAAUCCCUGGCCACCGAUGGGGAAGCUGCACCAAAGCAGAACGAUGCUGGAUCACUCCCUUCAGGGACAUACUUCCCCACCAUUUCUGACAGCAGUGAGCCAGCUCUGCUGCACACAUGGAUUACAGCAGAAAAGCCCUAUUUAAAGGAAAAAUCCACUGCCACCGUGUAUUUCCAAACAGAGAAGAACAGCAAUAUCAGAGACAUUAUACGCCGGUACAUCAACAAGAGCACCCAGGUGCUGGCUAUUGUGAUGGAUGUGUUCACAGAUACAGAGAUUCUUUGUGACCUCCUGGAGGCAGCCAACAAGCGCAUGGUGUUUGUUUACCUGUUGCUGGAUCAUGGCAAUUUAAAUCUCUUCACAGAGAUGUGUGACAAGUUGCAAAUUGCUGAGGAUCUCUUCAAGAAUAUUUCAGUUCGCAGUGUUACUGGAGAGGUUUAUUGUGCCAAAUCAGGCAGGAAAUUUUCAGGACAAAUAAAAGAAAAAUUUCUUAUUUCUGACUGGAAAUACGUGCUCUCUGGAUCUUACAGCUUCACAUGGUUAUGUGGCCAGGUUCACCGAAACCUCCUCUCCAAGUUCACAGGUCAAGUGGUGGAACUGUUUGAUGAAGAGUUCCGACACCUCUACGCCCUCUCCAAGCCAGUGAGAGGACCCAAGUCCCCCCCCCGCGCCAUCCCCUUCCUCUUCAGCAGGAGCUGGGCCUCCCCUCCCAGCCUCCCCGACAGCAACGAGGGCAGCGCUAACACUCUUUCCGAUGCCUUCAGCAGCCUCUCAGCUGGCAGCCCCCACCAAACCAAGAGACCCCCGAGAACUCUGAUGUGCAGCAGCAGCAACUUCGGCCCCCCGUCACCUCUCCACAGAGUUAACUCCUUCCACAGCUGCAUCUCCUUCACACCCCCCCCGCUACAGAUGGCCACCCCAGCCAACUACUACCCGCCGCACUACAUGUCUGAUAACUCCCCAGCUCUGUACAGCAACAUGAACCUUUACAGACCCAUCAGAGUUAGACAAGAGGAACCAAACAGGACAGGGUUGAGCUCACCAUGGAGAUGCCUCCACAAAGCUAACCUGUUUGCAUAA